AUGUCUGAGCCUCAUCAGCCUUCAUCACAGACCUCCCAGGAAGAGCACCAUGUCUACCAAGAAUACAUGGCCGCGACAUCCAAUUUACGAAGAAAGCUGAUCCAGAAAAGAAAGCAUCUGAAACUGCAAUAUGGAAUUAGCUCCUUUGUUUUCAAUUUCCUCACAAUGGUGCAAGUGAUCAUUGGCGCAGUUAUUACAGCACUAGGACCCUCAGCUGCCGACCACAUGGUGGCAAUAACAGUCCUUGGUGCUAUCAAUACGUCGUGCGCUGGACUUUUGGCCCUUCUUAAGGGGAGAGGACUACCACAGCGACUUAGGGGAAGCAUGAUUGAAAUUUCCAAAGUUCUGGACUACAUCCAAGAUACCUCACUUUUGUUGAAAUAUGAUAAAAGCCGCGUCCCCGAGAACGGAAUCGGUCCUCUACUAGAAGAGUCUUUUCAGAGAUAUGCUUCUGCCGAGCAACUGAUUGAGGGCAACCAGCCGGAUACGUUUGCUUCUGGGAUCAAGCCUCCAGUCAAUGCCAACGCGACGGAUGCAGAAGAUGGUCAUGGCCAAGGACCAGCCACCUACAAGACGAAUGGUAAAGGGCCUCAAAUGGAUGAGGAAAUGGGAUUUUUGGACGGGAGUCGACGUACAUGA